AUGACGUCAACUCAGAAUACAAAGACAAUCAUAUCUACUGUCGAAUGUUAUGAUGCUUGGUCAAAUACAUAUGAUUCUGAUGGAAAUAUUCUACAAUUACUUGAUGAUGCUGCAUUCGACGAAAUAGCUCGGCCUCUUCUUAAUUCUGUUAAUCAACAUAGUACGACACAAAUUUGUUGUGAAUUAGGAUGUGGUACAGGACGUAAUACAACGAAAAUGUUAAAUGCUGGAUGGUCUGUUUUUCUCCUAUUCAUAUACAGUGGAGUGCAAAAAUAA